CAAGCAUGAUGAAGAGCAUUGUAGCCAUUUUAGCUUUAGUUAGUCUGGUAGCUGCCCAACAGCCUGGUGCAUCUACCGAUUUGGACUCGCGCCUAAAACCGGACACCGGCAAGCCGACUGGUGCUAAUUCGGUAUCCCUGGAGCAACGUACCGUAGACCAACAGAAUCAAUUACUCAGUACGUCCUUUGCCCGAGCUUUUCCCGAUGAGACCCCUCUUGAGUUUCAGCCCUUAGUGGUGGCUUUAUACAUGCGAUGCCAGGCAGAGCUAGACAACUGUGCCGACUUUUUAUGGGAAACCCAUUUGCUACGAGAGUAUCGCAAUUGCGCGAUGGCCCAACGACGUCUUUGCACGCAAGAAAUGCAGGAAUUGCAGGCUCAAUUGAAAGCAAUGGCCGAUGCAGAAAACGACUUAUUUGAGCUUUCACCAGAAGAAGAAGCAAUACUUUUGCAACUAAACAAUUAGUUACGACAAAAAAUAGCAAAUGUAAAGAUUAGGAAUUCUAAAUAAACCGAAAUGUUUUAAAUUUAUUUAUAUCUGUAUGGACUG